AUGUCUAUCAUGGAUCACAGCCCCACCACUGGYGUGGUGACUGUCAUUGUUAUCCUGAUUGCUAUUGCAGCUCUGGGGGCCCUGAUCCUGGGCUGCUGGUGCUACCUGCGGCUGCAGAAGAUCAGCCAGUCUGAGGAUGAGGAGAGCAUUGUGGGCGAAGGAGAAACCAAAGAGCCCUUUCUGUUGGUGCAGUACUCUGCUAAAGGACCCUGUGUGGAGAGGAAAGCUAAGCUAACUCCGAAYGGCCCAGAAGCACACAGCUAA